AUAGCUUAGCGUCUAGCCGAAUUGGAGUCAUGAUCCUGAUGCUAUAGCAUGACUUUCCAAAUUCACUACUAGACACUUUCGGUUGUCAAUAUCAAGUCAUAGGUUUGUCAUGCCUAAUCGCCAAAAGAAUUCAUGAGAGUGACAAUGAUUCUCAUAGUACAGUCAGUUAAAAUAUUCACAGUCAUCACACAUAGGCUUCUUUGCUUCAGUCAUUCAGUCAUUCAGUCAUUCAUAGAUUUUUGUUUGAAAUAUGUGUAUCACAUUCUGGGCUUUGCCAAUUUUUCUUCUUUAUGACUCUGUACCUUUCGUACUUUCUCAAGUUUUGCAGCCCAUAAACUCUUCCUUUUCACAAACUUCUGUUAUGUCUAUCCUUACCCUCACAAUAAGUACCACCGACAUGUUUAGAUCUCCGACGAUUACACCUCAGAAUGACCUUAUACCUGUCUCUUCUACUCUGCUAGUCAACUCCAACGAGCUAUCAAUGCCUAUUAGCACAAUGGAAACAAGUGUCCCAGCUUUAGUGUCUUCAUAUCAGGCUCAAAUCUUGCAUUUCAACUCAAAUAAUAGGGCUAUCAGUACUACGAUCGAAUGGAUAACUAGAAGCGCGUCAUUAUCACCUAGCACCAGUACAACCACUGUCACAUAUCUUCCAGACGGAUCUGAAAUUGCUUUAUCCAAGUCUGCGAUUUCUACAACAGAAUUCACUACAACAACUCAUAUCCCACCUGAGUCUCCAAUCUCUACUACGGAUACUGGUACACGGACAACCUUUAAAUCUACAGUUUCUUCAACGCAUUCUGAUACAACAACUCUCGUACCGAUCUAUCCGAUAUACCCUAAUACAACAACCCAAAUCCCCGCUGAAUCAACAAUUCCUACGAAAAUUACUAGUACGACAAAUCAGAUCUCAUAUGAAUCUACAAUCCUUACAAUAGAUCUGAGUACUCAAAUACCCCUCAGACCUACGACGUCAGCAAUAGAUCCUGGAACACCCGCCCUGACCCCAACGCACACGGUAGACUCUAGUUCAACAACUUUGAUCUCAGCCUAUACGACAAAAUCUAGUACAUCUCAUAUCUCAUCUAAGUCUGCAACCUUUACAACGGAUUCUAGCAAAAUAACUCAAGUCCGUACAACACAAAAUAGUCGACCUAGCCGCAGUUUUCGCACAUCAACGAUUGAAACAGUCAGUACAACCUUAGAUGUUUCUACAAGUACGGUUCCUACAGCCACUGAUUUCGCAACACCACCGUCAUCACUCGAUCAGACCCUCAGCAACGGUAUCCAUCGCUAAUCAGUACGUCCAGAAUAUCGAAGUCGAAGUUCACUUCACAAUCGAACGUUAUUAUAACUACACCUAGCAUUCCUGCAUCCUCAGCAACUAUCAAUCCAGCCCCAACGCUAACAUCCAGCAUGCCAGCGAGUGUUCAACCUCCCUCUGUGUCUUCUACCCCGAUCACUGAAAGCUUUCUCCCCGGCAACAUGGCUGCUUCAACAACUGUAACGUACUUGAAUUCCACUUAUACGCUUAUUCGGGUCUAUACCAGGUACCAUAAUCCAGCAUGAUCGGAUUGCGC